AUGCCAGAAACUUUCUUUUUCACAUCUGAAUCCGUCGGCGAGGGCCACCCAGACAAGAUCUGUGACCAGGUCUCCGACGCCAUUUUGGACGCUUGUUUGGCAGUUGACCCAUUGUCUAAGGUUGCCUGUGAAACCGCAGCCAAGACUGGUAUGAUCAUGGUUUUCGGUGAGAUCACCACCAAGGCCCAGUUGGACUUCCAGAAGAUUGUCAGAGACACCAUCAAGCACAUUGGUUACGACCACUCUGAGAAGGGUUUCGACUACCAGACCUGUAACGUUUUGGUCGCCAUUGAGCAGCAGUCUCCAGAUAUUGCCCAGGGUUUGCACUACGAGAAGGCUUUGGAGGAGUUGGGUGCCGGUGAUCAGGGUAUCAUGUUCGGUUACGCUACCGACGAGACCGAGGAGAAGUUGCCUUUGACCAUCUUGUUGUCGCACAAGUUGAACAAGGCUUUGUCUGACGCCAGAAGAUCCGGUGAGUUGGGCUGGUUGAGACCAGACACCAAGACCCAGGUCACUGUCGAAUACGAGAAGGAGGCUGACGGAGCCGUCAAGCCUUUGAGAGUUGACACUGUUGUCAUCUCCACCCAGCACGCUGACGAGAUCUCCACCGAGGACUUGAGAAAGGAGAUCUUGGAGAAGAUCGUCAAGAGAACCAUUCCAGCCAACUUGUUGGACGACAAAACUGUCUACCACAUCCAGCCAUCUGGAAGAUUCGUCAUUGGUGGUCCACAGGGUGACGCCGGUUUGACCGGUAGAAAGAUUAUUGUUGACACCUACGGUGGAUGGGGUGCUCACGGAGGAGGUGCUUUCUCUGGUAAGGAUUUCUCCAAGGUCGACAGAUCUGCUGCUUACGCUGCCAGAUGGGUUGCCAAGUCUAUUGUCCACGCUGGUUUGGCCAGAAGAGCUUUGGUGCAGUUCUCCUACGCCAUUGGUGUUGCUGAGCCAUUGUCCAUCCACGUUGACACCUACGGUACCUCCAAGUACACCUCCGAGCAGUUGGUUGAGAUUGUCAACAACAACUUCGACUUGAGACCAGGUGUGAUUGUCAAGGAGUUGGACUUGGCUAGACCAAUCUACUUCAAGACUGCCUCUUACGGCCACUUCACCAACCAGGAGAACACUUGGGAACAGCCAAAGGAAUUGAAGUUC